UAAACCAUCCUCUACUAAUCUCACAUAAUCACAAAUCGUUAAUAUCAAUCCACCAUCUCAAGUAGAAAAUUUUCUCAUCCAUUAAAGAAAAAAAAACUUGUUCAUUCGUUACAUUUUUUGUAAAUCAUUGUACAGUGUUUCUGGUUGGUGUGUUUUAAUUUUCUAAAAAGACCAAAAAAUAACAACAACAUGCAUGAAGUGUCCUCCACAUCAUCAAAGUACCAACGUAUUAUAAUCUUCGUACUAAUGUCUUUCUGCUUGAGCAUUUGUCUUUUGUAAAAGAAGGAAUAAAAAAGUUGCAUGCAGAACGACUUCAAAUGUGAGUCACCAUGAAAAAUCCGUCAUGGUUCGUCUUCGGCGUAAUUCAUCUUCUUUGUGCAUGCACUGCAACUGGAGAAGCGAAGAAGAGGAGACCACAAGAAGUACACGUUCAACCCAACGGACCUCAAAUGGGCCAAGCAGGCUACCUAACCUGCCCAGUCUUCGGCGACAACGGCUGCCGAAUAAUCUGCGAAAUAUUCUGCGACUUUUACAACUGCCAAAGUCAAGGCCAGUGCUCAAACGACACCAUCUGCAACUGUUACGAAAAAUACAACAUUUUUUCCCAACAAUUGACACCUCAUCAAUACCAAACUCUUCCAACUUCUACCAUAUGGCGAUAUAAAUUCGGUUUCUCGCCAAAUGCCACCUCGUUAUACUACAUCUUGCAAAAAUCAGGCGACCUUUGGGAAAACUUCGAACCAGUUUUACGCAAUCCGGCUCAAACCGCCAUCAGUAUAAAAUCGCAUCUUUUAUAUUUACACCCGGAUUGGUCCUUUAUUCGCAACCUGAUACCGAAAAGACAAGGCUACGUGGAUGAUUUCAUCAGCCAUCAUGCCAGUAAAUACGACGACGAGCAUAUUGAAUUUUACAACGAUAUGGUAAUGGAUUACAUCGCCGAUAAGUAUUACUAUAGUUUAAAAGGGCUCAGAAAUAAACCGCAUCAAACAAUGGGUAAUCCGAAAUCGCGCCAACAGACUAAAUACUUUUAUAAAUUAGUGAAUUUGUGUCAAAAUGCUUGGCUUAUGGAUUACGUCAAGGAUUUCGUUCAAAGAAAAGGGUACGAUGAUUCGUACCUGAUGGAGUUAUUGGAUCCGAAAGGUAGGAAGCAAAUUGCAAGGAGUGGAUUGCUAAGUCUAUUGAUUAUAUCGACGAUCGAUUUCUUAAUGAAUUACGAAAAAUAUUAUAAUAAGAGUACGAUAUAUGGUAGUCAGAAACAUACUGUUUAUUAUCUUUUAAGUAAAAGACAAAUUGACGAGUUGAAUGAUUUGGAUUUCGACGAUUUCGAAGAGGAAAUGGCCAAAGCGAUGGGCCAGCAACCUUGGACGUAACGCAGUGGACUUUCAGGGUAUUAAUUUUAUAUGUAAAAUUUAAUUUUUACAAAUAACUCGUGCUUACAAAAACUUGAAAUAAUUUGAAUUUUAGUUCCUGAAAUUAUUUUUUGAUCUGUGUUUAGAUCAAUGGCAGGGCUCGUACUCAAUAUAUCACAAAACAAGGUAACUUCUGGAACCAAAAAAGUUACAAAACAAAAUUUAAAAAUUUAAUCCAGAAAAAAAAUACCAAAAAACUCGAUCGAGAUUUGGGACAAUUUUAGCAAAAGGCACAUAUUUUUGGAAAUGAUCUGCAAAAAAAGAAAUACCUACAAAAAUCCUUUGUAAUUUUUGUCAAAAAGAAUUAUGUUCGUUCACAGAAAUAGAAUAAUACGAUGAUUAGAUUGAUUACUAACUAAAAUAUACCUACUUAUUCAUUGCA